AUGCCUCUGCCGCCGCCCAGGGAGCAGCAGCAUGCUCGUACCGAACCUUCUACUCCCCUACGAACCAGACCUCCCACAAACACAUCUUUGCUGGUUCCACUGAGCUCCCGCUCGAGACUUAGUUUCGUGGCUCUACCGCCUGACGACCUUACUCUGGUGCUUGGUCGCCCGCCAACGUAUUUCCAGAAAUCCGCCAAAUCCACCAAACCGUCCCUGCUUCAGCUGUCUAGACGAUCACUGGGUCUCCAGUCCAGACACGAGUCUGUUCUAUCGACGCCUCAGCCGCGUCGCUUAAGUGACCACCUCACGGUGAGGAGAAGAAGACGCUCCUCUACCGGCGCCACCUACGUUUCUGGGUACCAUGGGCCCAUCACCAAAGACUUCCUCCGAACUUUCUCCCGAGCACUAAUACAUGACCAACAGAACCCGUCGCCCGAGUAUGAAAGCGAGAAGGUUUUUCAAGCGCUCGAUUACGAACACCGCCUUCAUUCACUCAGCCCUCAAGACCGUGCUCAUUAUAGCGAGUUUGACUACUCCUUGCCUCUACCGUCGGACGAUGCCAUGAAGUCGCCUCCACUAACGGUAGCCCAAAGCGCCUCCCCUGUUGCAACUCCGAAGGAUACAUCCAAGGAGAACAAACCCGCCUUCAAGUCCUACCUCGAACGCAUCUUGGAAAGCAGAAAGCGGUCAUCGAUGUUUGAGCAUGAAACCCCAAGCGAAGUCGAGGAUAUCCGAGGCGUCAACGAUAUAAUUUCCACAUCCAAGUUUGUCAUUGAAAAUACUAUCCAGGGGCUACCGGAGUUCACUGACAACCAACAGUCUCCAAACGAGUUGAACAUCAGGUUGGCCGAGCCACUUGCCGUAAACGACAACGCUAUCCACACCGACUCCGAAGAGUCUAGCGAAGGUGACUAUAGAGCGCCGGAACUUACAAUGCCAAGAAGAACUCACCGUCCUUCGUUGGACUUGCAAAAGACUCCCGAAUACGAAUCCUACGAAUACGAUGAUGCCAACCGCUUCGAUGCAUCUCAGCUUGACUCCAUGCUGGCGAUACCCGAGAAAAUCGAUUCACCACAAGACAUGAACUUUCAGGACGAUCUUGAUGAUAUCCCUCAGCAUCCCUCUUCCGACCAAGGCCUUAUUCUGGGGCAUUUCACAAUUGACAAUGAUGAUAUAGACACUAACCCAGCCCUUCAACUUCAACCUGGACUUUCACUCACUGACGAUGAGCUCAAUUCGGAAAACAUACCACCACAACCAUCGACAACUCGGCGAAUCACUGUCGGAAGUGGCAAGAAACGCGUCCGCUCGUCCAACAACUUGCCUAUUUCUAAAUAUUUGUUGAAGGGCAUGGUGAGUACAGUCAGUCAUUUGCCUGGCGCAUCAGGACCUGCGAAGAAGAAAUCUAAAUUGAACCGUAUCUCGCCUGCUCUAUUGCAGGUGGUGCUCAGAAGUUCAAAUGACUUUCUUCAGCAAACCAUGUCAACUUUGAAAGCCUACGCAGAACAUCGAGGCUCUGACAAAAUUUCUAUUCAAGACGCUGUAUUAUACCUCAACCGAGUCAAGAUACCCACAUCUUCCACGUCCGAGAUGAAUCGGGUAGCGAAACUUGCUCAUGACCUAUUCCCAUUGGAAACUCUCGUAUCGUUAGACAACAGCUUGCAGCAAUCUACUAUCAAGAAACUCAAGCGAACGAAUAUCAGGGAAGUUGGUGCGGACAAUGAUGAAGACUUUACUCGAGAAUCUGUUUCCUUCGGUGGAGCCCAAAAACUGGAAUCUCACUCUGAAACAGAGGUCUCGCUUGAUGACAAUGAUGACGACUAUUAA